AUUUCAUAUAUAAGAAACUGAUAAAAAGAUCGUUAUGGGAAAAAAUCCCGUUCCUACUUAUUUUAGAUAUAUUGUAUUUAGGAAAAAACAAAUUUUUGUGAUUAUCAAAAUUUCCCACGACCUUAUAAAAGUACCUACUUGACAACGUUCAAUUUAUAAAUCGUUAGUGUAUUUAAAAUUAGCGGUAUAGACAUGCAACACAGACUUCACGGUUUGAUGAAAAGUAGAAUAUAAAAACUGCUAAAGAAUAAUAUGUUCGUGUUUAUCUUAAAAUUAAAACAGAAUUAAAAUUUAUUUUAGUGAUUAAAUUACAGCGUGUGGCUACUGACCGAAAUCCCAUCUCUUCUGGCAAAAGGGGGGUCAAGAAAUUAUCAUCCAAGCAAACCCAUACAGUGAUUCAGUUGUUUUGUUACUACGAUAAUGUUAUUCUUUACUCUAGUUUUGGCCAUAGGAUUAACGCAACAAGUUAGCUUCGCUUCCAAAGGCUUUUAUGAGUCUGGUUUGUCCUUCUAUAAUGAUAUCCUAACGAACAAAUUUGAUUGGCAAUUGCUACAAGAGUUGUCACCGCAUCAUAAAAAUGUACUUAUUUCUCCUAUCAGUCUAAAACUCAUAUUUGGCCUAUUGUAUCAAGGAUCUACAUCUGUUACAGAAAAAGAAUUUCAGUCCUUAUUAAAUUUUGAAAAUAAGGAUGCCGUUAAAAAUAAUUAUAGCAAUAUAUUAGCUGCUUUACAGCAUUCUGAGAGAAGUGAAUAUUUGUUGAACAUAGGAACAUCAAUGUUUUUAGAUAAAGAUUUACAUGUACUUCCUACUUUCGAACAAAUUGCGGUCAAAUAUUUUCGAACAGGUAUUAAACUAGUUGAUUUCGGUAAACCAGAAGAGGCCAGUCAGAUCAUUAAUAGUUGGAUAGAUCAAUUAACCCAUGGAAAAGUGAAAAAAAUGGUCGCAGCGGAUGAUUUGGUUCAGACAUUGAUGCUGAUUACAAAUGCAAUUUACUUUAAAGGAACUUGGGAACACCCAUUUCCCAGAAAUCAAACAUAUGUAGGAAAAUUUCUAACAACAGCCGACUAUACACAAGCUAAUAAGCCACCAAAAUACGUACAAUAUAUGACAACAAUUGACGAAUUUUACUAUUACGAAGACCCUUCUUUGGAUGCUAAAAUUGUUAGACUAGAAUACAAAGGAAGUUCAUAUUCCAUGUUCAUUGUCCUGCCAAAUUCUCUUGGAGGUUUAGAAAAUUUGAUAAAGAAGAUUAGUUUAACCAAAAUAUCGGAGAUGAGGUAUUAUCUAACGGCGCAAUUAGUACAGCUUAUUAUUCCCAAAUUUAAAUUUAAUUUUCAUGCAAAAUUAGCACCGAUUUUACAAAAGUUUGGGCUGCAUCAAAUCUUUCAAAAUACAAAUAGUUUUAAUGGUAUUGUGCAAACAAACAAUAGUUUAAGACGACAACUUGUCGUUUCAGAUAUUGUUCAAAAGACUGGCAUAGAAGUAGAUGAAGAAGGAAGCGUAGUGUUUUCAGCGACUGAUGUUAAUAUUGGCAAUAAAUUUGGCGAGAACAAACUUAUUUUUAAUGCAUCACAUCCAUUUAUGUUCUUCGUUGAGGGUCCCAAUGGUACUAUUUUGUUCAUUGGCAAAUACGAAGAUCCAGAGGAAAUGGAAGUUUCUGAAGAUAAAAAUGUUUCGAAUGGCGGAGUUUCAAUGGAAAAUUCAAACAAUGGAAACGCUCAAUACUAUCCAAACCAAAAUAGAAAUAAUCAAGGCAGUCUUCCAAAUAACGGAUUUGCCUCAGGUAAUAGAUUUAAUGAUGCAGGACCACCUGUUAAUUCUGGCGCACCUACCAAUUUAUCCCCUAACCUAGAUCCAGAAUAUUAUCAACCCGCUGAUUCAAACAUGGAAGAUGUAGCCUACAGGUUUAAUUUAUUCGACAUAGAGUUAUUAAAUGCAUUUACCGAUUCGCAAAAUAAUGUUUUAAUAUCCCCUGCAAGUAUUAAAACAACUUUGGCAAUGAUUUUGGAAGGAGCUAGUGGAAAUUGCGCUGAGGAAAUUAGCGAAGCUUUAAGGAUACCAGAUAUAACUCAAACAGGAGCAAGACAUAUUAUAUUAGAAUUGCUGAAUAACUUAAACGAGAAAGGGACAGCAAAUACAUUCCUAGAAAGCCACAAUGCUAUUUUCACUUCCAAUAAACAAAGAUUAUUAGAUAGUUAUAAGAAAAUUAUAAUGCAGUAUUACAAUGCCGAUUUUAAGAGCCUUGACUUUUCCAAUCCACAAUAUGCAGCCAGUGUAAUUAAUCAAUGGGCUUCAGACUCUACACAUGGCAACAUAAACGAAGUUAUUUCGUCACAAAUGAUAAGCCCAGAGACAUAUGUAAUUAUUUCUAAUGCUCUAUAUUUCAAAGGAAAGUGGAAAACCAGUUUUGAUGAAAGGAGCACUGCUCCAAAAUGUUUCCACAUCCCAUCGAAGGGAUGUACACAAGUGCAGAUGAUGCAUAUUUCUAAUAAUUUUAAUUAUAAUUAUAUUAACACUUUAAGGGCGUAUGUGGUGGAAAUACCAUAUCAGGAUAAAUUCUCCAUGUUGCUUAUCUUGCCGUCUUCAGAUACGAACGUAAGAAGCAUAAUUCGUGAUCUACCUCAUCACAGACUGACCAGUAUACUCAAUAAUCUCACCAAAUCAGAAAUAGUUUUGGAGAUACCUAAGUUUUCAUUUGAAUACUCUGUUGAUUUAGUGGAGUACCUGAAACAGCUAAAAAUCAGGGAUGUUUUCGGUCCCAAAGCAAACCUGUCUAAAAUUAUCCAAGGUAACAAUGCUUUAGUAAACAAUCUAUUGCACAAGACAAAGAUAGAAGUAGAUGAACAUGGAACUGUCGCUGCUGCAUCAACUAGUGCCAUGAUAAUACCUUUAAUGCAGCCAGUAACAGUGUCAGCAGAUCGUCCGUUCGUUUUUAUGAUAUACCAUCAAGAGACAAAAAAUAUAAUAUUCGAGGGUAUAGUGCAGAAUCCUUUGGAACAGCGAAGGCCAACUUACUAUGACGGGGAAGUACAGCAGAUUAAAACGCCAUUGCCUAGGAACAAUAAUUUUAGAAAUAGAGCUAGGUACAAUUAACUUAUAUUAACUGUUUUAGUUAUGCUCUCUUUUUAAGACUUUUAUAUCAAUGUUCAUAGAAAAAUUAAGUAUUUUUAAUAUUUCAUUUUUUAUUUGUAAAAACUUGGACAUCUGCUAUCAAAUAAAAACAAUUCGUAAAAAACAUACGGAAGUAGUCGAUAAAAAUUGAUUUACUGUAUAAAAACAUUUUUCUAUCAAAAACUAUUUCAAUUUUAUUUUAAAAUCCUGAAUAGUUCUGCAGGAUUUAAUGUCCUCCGGCCAAUUUAUUGAAAAUCCUAGGUCCGCUAUGAGCAGGAGAGUAAAUAAUCUCAGUUUAUUCUCAAAAAUAUACACAAAAAUUAAAAUCUUUAAUAUUUUAAAUAUUUCUCUGCAAGAUAAAUUUAGAAACAUUGACAACAUACCUAAUGAUAUAUUUCUGAACAAUAAAAACAUUAUAGACUAGUAGUCUCUCCUCAGAAACAGACACCAUAUCUCAAUCUAGAAUCUACUUGAGCGUAUAAGUGGCUACAUAACCUUUUUACAGUAAGUACUUUUUUUAAAUUAAAAUGAAAACAAAUUUCACUGAAUUUAAAUUUGAAAUCAACUGUUGGCAGUGGUUAUGCUAAUUCAGAUAUUCAUCAUAUGGAUUCUUAAAAAUCUUAUGCUGUUAUGAGUAUUGGCCAUCAUUUGAUCAUUUAUAGAAAAACGAAUAUCCUCUAUUUGUUUUAGGAUUAUGUUAUUUAAUUAUUUCAGUUUUUGGGCAUUGGAUUGUUAAAGGAGUAACAUUUGGUGAUCUGUUCUCAUGUCUAACACGCCCCCUGUCACUAACAAACUGUUAAUAUUUCCCAAGGUGGUCCCUAAUCUGUAAG